GCCGCUCGCUCCUGUGGUCCGGGCGGCGCCGCGCUCGGCCGGUGCCUCCGCUGCCAGCCAAGAUGGCGGAGGGCGGCGAGGCUCUGGGCACGGUCCCGGAGCACGAGCGGAUCUUGCAGGAGAUCGAAAGCACCGACACCGCCUGCGUAGGGCCCACCCUCCGGUCUGUAUAUGAUGAUCAAACAAACGGGCACAAGAAAUUUAUGGAAAAGCUAGAUGCUUGUAUCCGCAACCAUGACAAGGAAAUUGAAAAGAUGUGUAACUUUCAUCAUCAGGGCUUUGUAGAUGCUAUUACAGAACUCCUUAAAGUAAGGUCUGAUGCGGAAAAACUGAAGGUGCAAGUGACAGAUACCAACCGAAGGUUUCAAGAUGCUGGAAAAGAGGUGAUAGUACAAACAGAAGAUAUCAUUCGAUGUAGAAUUCAGCAGAGAAAUAUUACAACCGUUAUAGAGAAAUUGCAGUUAUGCCUCCCAGUGCUGGAAAUGUACAGCAAGCUGAAAGAACAGGUGAGCAUGAAAAGGUACUAUUCUGCCCUGAAAACUAUGGAGCAGUUAGAGAACGUGUACUUCCCCCGGGUUAGUCAGUACCGCUUCUGCCAGCUAAUGGUAGACACGCUUCCCAAACUCCGGGAGGACAUCAAAGAGAUCUCCAUGUCCGAUCUCAAGGACUUCCUGGAAAGCAUUCGAAAGCACUCGGACAAGAUAGGGGAAACGGCCAUGAAACAGGCACAACAGCAGAAAAACUUCAGUGUUAUUAUGCAGAAGCAAAACAAUGCCAGGUUUGGGAAAAAUAUGCAUGUAAAUAAUGACAGCAUUCUAGAAGAGAAGAAUGACAUUGUAUUGAAACAUGUACUUGAAGAGGAGGCUGAGAAUGAAGAGGAGGUCUUAACUGUUCAAGAUCUCGUUGACUUUUCCCCUGUUUACCGAUGCUUACACAUUUAUUCUGCUUUGGGUGAUGAAGAAACGUUUGAAAAUUACUACCGGAAGCAAAGGAAGAAGCAAGCGCGCCUGGUUCUGCAGCCGCAGUCCAGUGUGCAUGAAACAGUUGAUGGCUAUAGAAGAUAUUUCACUCAAAUUGUAGGGUUCUUUGUGGUGGAAGAUCACAUUUUACAUGUGACCCAAGGAUUAGUAACCAGGGCAUACACUGAUGAACUGUGGAACAUGGCCCUCUCAAAGAUAAUUGCUGUCCUUCGAGCCCACUCGUCUUACUGCACUGACCCUGACCUUGUUCUGGAGUUGAAGAAUCUCAUUGUGAUUUUUGCAGACACUUUGCAGGGUUAUGGCUUUCCAGUCAACCGACUUUUUGACCUUUUAUUUGAAAUAAGAGAUCAAUACAAUGAAACAUUGCUUAAGAAAUGGGCAGGUAUUUUCAGGGACAUUUUUGAAGAAGAUAAUUACAGCCCUAUCCCUAUUGGCAGUGAAGAAGAAUAUAAAGUCGUCAUCAGUAAAUUUCCCUUUCAAGAUCCAGACCUUGAAAAGCAAUCUUUCCCAAAGAAGUUCCCCAUGUCCCAGUCAGUGCCUCUUAUUUAUAUUCAAGUUAAAGAAUUUAUUUAUGCCAGCCUUAAAUUUUCUGAGUCACUGCACCGAAGUUCAACAGAAAUAGAUGAUAUGCUUAGGAAAUCAACAAAUCUGCUCCUGACCAGAAUUCUGAGUAGCUGUUUACUGAACCUUAUUAGGAAACCUCAUAUAGGUUUGACAGAGUUGGUGCAGAUCAUCAUAAACACAACACAUCUGGAACAGGCUUGCAAAUACCUGGAGGACUUUAUCACUAACAUUACAAAUAUUUCUCAAGAAACUGUUCACACCACAAGACUUUAUGGACUUUCUACUUUUAAGGAUGCUCGACAUGCAGCAGAAGGAGAAAUAUACACCAAACUCAAUCAAAAAAUUGAUGAAUUUGUUCAGCUGGCUGACUAUGACUGGACGAUGGCUGAGUCGGACGGAAGAGCGAGUGGAUAUCUGAUGGAUCUUAUUAAUUUUUUGAGAAGCAUUUUUCAAGUGUUUACUCAUUUGCCUGGGAAAGUUGCCCAAACAGCUUGCAUGUCAGCCUGCCAACAUCUGUCAACAUCCUUAAUGCAAAUGCUACUGGACAGCGAGUUAAAACAGAUCAGCAUGGGGGCCGUUCAGCAAUUUAACUUAGAUGUCAUACAGUGCGAAUUGUUUGCCAGCUCUGAGCCUGUGCCGGGAUUUCAAGGGGACACCCUGCAGCUAGCGUUCAUCGACCUCAGACAACUCCUUGACUUGUUUAUGGUUUGGGACUGGUCCACUUACCUCGCUGACUAUGGACAGCCAGCCUCCAAGUACCUCCGUGUGAACCCACACACAGCCCUUACUCUCUUGGAGAAGAUGAAGGACACCAGCAAGAAGAAUAAUAUAUUCGCCCAGUUCCGGAAGAACGACCGAGACAGGCAGAAGCUGAUAGAGACAGUCGUGAAGCAGCUUAGAGGCUUGGUGACUGGGAUGUCCCAGCACAUGUAGACACAUCAGGUCCAUGAGAGCUUCUCUGUGGCCAGCACUGGUCAUGAGACAAUUUGUUUACAGAAGUCAAAAACUACAGUAGAGCAAAUACACUGCUGAGGGCUUAAACAAGUAGUGGUAACAAACAUCAUUUGUAUGGAUUUUUAAAUAAUUGAAUACUAUUUUAUAUAUAAAAUGUAAGAUUAAUUUUUUCAAUGAAGAGGAAAAGUCAAAAGUGUAAUAUAUAAAUCCAAUAAAUUGUAUAUGAAAGUGAUUGUAAAUAUUAGGAAAGCUCGUGUCUCUGCUUGUUAAGUAUUCCUUCUUCCCUUGAAGCUGGAAAGAGCUCCUGUAUGCCAUUAUAGUUUGGGACACAGCCACUGCUGAGAAGGAAAUAUUUGGCUGUCAUUGUUGUACUUUUAGCUUUUAUUUUCACUUCAACUUGACUCAUGUGCCUCAAAUUUUUCAUUCUGCUGAUUCUGAGGAGGAAAUAUAAAAAUCUUGAAAGUUCCUGAAAUCAAACACAGCUCACCAGGAAUGUAAAUUGUUUGUUAUAUUUGGAUAGCUUAAUCAUUCUGAAAAUGAAGAAAAGGGGUUGGAUUUCCUAAAGAUGUAAUAUUUCUUGUAGCUGACCCCUUGUUAAAGUUUUAGUUUGGUUUAAGUUAAAGAGAAGGCAGUCAAGGGGCUGUUUACAUCAGGUGUGGCGGUCCUAGUGUGGAUGUGUUCCUCCUACAUAAUGGAGUCACCACAGGUUCAGGUGAACGCGCUUCAGAUAGUCAUCUCAGUGCUGUGGACUGUGGAAACAAUGCAGACCAACUGAACUCUGAAGCCUACAGCAAAUGUACAUCUUUCUCUGGAUAAAUCAGUGACACAAAUGGCGAUGUAAACCUGACCUUUGUUUUCUCUGCACUGUAAUUAUGCUGAAAAUACCCUUUGCGUUUUCCGGAUUUAUGCCUGUAGACUCCUGACUCUGUAAAAUAAGUAUGAUGAGCUCUGCUUACAUCUGGAUUUCGUGUUGAACAUUAAAAAGGUUGGGAGUUGUUGAA